AUGCGGUUUUCUUAUCUAGAUAGUGCUUUUCUAGCUGUGGCCAUAAUCUAUUUGUACCGAGCACCAUUUACAAAGGUGGAAGAAAGCUUCACAAUUCAGGCAAUCCAUGAUAUUUUGAAUUACGGGAUAUGGAAUUUACAGCCUUACGACCACUUCGUUUUUCCAGGUGCUGUUCCAAGGACAUUCGUAGGUCCCUUGAUAAUUUCCACUAUAGCUAGACCAUUUGUAUCCAUUCUGAGCUUAAUUGAAGGCAGAAAUUGGAGCACCCAAUUUCAAACGCAAAUUCUGGUGAGAUCAAUAAUUGCAUUGCUCAAUGCUCUUUCUUUAAUAUAUUUGAAAAAUAGCGCACAAGCUUUGCUUGAGAUAACUGCUAAGGAAGAACAAAUCAAGCAGGAUGAGAAACGCGGUGGCGCACUCAGAAAACCAGAGGUUCUUCUCUACACUGUGGGAACGUGGUUUUCUUUAUUUAUCAUGACUGGCUUCCAUAUGAUGUACUAUCUGUCAAGACCAUUGCCCAAUUUUGUUAUGACUCUACCCUUAACAAAUGUGGCAAUUAGUUGGAUUCUACAAGAUAACUAUCAGUGGGCCAUUUUCCUGGCCUCUUUCACAGCGGUAAUCUUUAGGUUGGAAGUUUUGGCAUUUUGUGCAGGAAUGGCAUUAUUUUCCGUUGUUUACAGAAAAAUUUCAUUCUUUAAGGCAGUUAAAUUUGGAAUCCUUGGAUUUGGUAUAGGCAUGGGUAUUACAUUGUUCAUUGAUUCGUAUUUCUGGCAAUACUGGUGCAUGCCUGAAGUUGAUUCUUUCAUUUUCAAUGUUGUCCAUGGAAAUUCAUCCAAAUGGGGUGUCGAACCAUUUUUUGCAUAUUUCACCCAUUAUUUGAGAAUGCUAUUCAUACCACCCACAAUCUUACUCUUGAAUUUGCUAGGAUUCAAACUUGCUCCAACCAAUAUGAGAAUUAUCACUUUAGGUUCAUUUUUUCAUAUUCUCGUUCUAUCGUUUCAGCCACAUAAAGAAUGGAGAUUCAUCGUUUACGCCAUUCCAUCAAUUAUCCUCUUAGGAAGUGUCGCUGCUGCAUACGUUUGGGAAAAUAUAGAGAUAAAAAGCAUCAGAAACUUUCUACUGGUCUCUUUAGUUCCAUUGUCUCCGUUGUUCUCCGCAAUAUUCUCUUUCUGCUUUCUCUAUAUAUCUAGCAUGAAUUAUCCUGGUGGUGAGGCUUUGAGCAAUUUUAAUCUUAUGAUAAUUAACCAGAAUAUCACCAACGUUACUGUCCAUCUUGACGUCCCUAUUUGCAUGACAGGCGCUACCUUAUUCGGCGAGUUAAAUCAAGAUGUAUAUGCGGUUUCCUAUGACAGAACAGAGGAUCCUGAAACAUUGAAGAAAUUGUGGCCCUCAUUUGAUUAUGUAAUCACAGCACAACCAUCAAGCCAGAACUUCCCAUUUGAAAAUGCCACGACAGACAACUGGGAACUUCUACAAACAGCUCAGACUUACGUGGGUCUCGACAUGGGAUUUUUGAAUGAAGAAAUUUUUCAAAAGGAAUCAAACCUGUUCACAUUAAUGAAGGACUGCUUCACGAGUGAUGUGAGCAUUAUAGAUCAGGCAUUCAAUCUACUAGACAGGAUCAUUCUUAGGGGCAACGUGUUUUUCACGUAUGAAAGAAAAAGUAGAGAAUAG